AUGAUGAAGUUGAAGGUUUUUGGCAUCAUCUUUUUCUGUGGUCUCCUCUCGCCCUCUCAAGAAGUCUUGUCCGGUCUGUCCUGCGCCGUCAGCCCAGUGGCAAUGCAGAACGCGCUCUCGGAAGCCAUACUUCAGAACGGGCUUCUCCAGCAGCACCUGCAGGGCCUCGUGCUCCCAAACAUCAUGGGUGAAGGGGGUCUGCUGAACUCUCCCACCAGCAUCACUGGCCUACACCUUGCCAAAAUUCGGCUCGCCAAGCUGUCAGUGGUGCUGCUGCGAGGAAUCGGGGUCCAGAUGACCAUCACUGCAAAGCUGGAGCUCAGCGGCAACUGCUUGGUUGGCCUUCUUUCAGAACUAAUUGAAAUCUUGGUGGAUGUGAACAUUACUGCAAACAUUAAAUGCACAAAUUUUGAAUCGGGCACAGUCCAGGUCGCUGUCGAAGACUGCCUCUGCAUCCUCGGUGCCAUAAAGAUCAAGCUCCUUUCUGGCUUACUGUCCCUGUCGGUACAUGAGGUAGUGCUUAACCGGCUGACAGCAACUCUGCCCGGUUUGCUGUGUCCGGUAGUUCACAUCGUGGUCAACCUUGUGAACAUCCAGCUCCUGGGCACUCUCAACGCGGUGAUCCCCGUCGGUACGGCAGGAACGAUUCACUACCGGCUGCCUUUCUCCGGCUUGUACCUGGGGUUGGAUUUAGACGGUGCGGUGAAGCAGGUGGGGGGCAGCAUCAUCCCCCAUGACUCGUCCCCCUCUGCUUUGCCUCCGCUGCUGGACAAGCUUCUGGUCUUGGGGCUGCGCCAGAGCUUUCUCAACGCAGCCCUGUCCCUCAUGGUCCAGAUACCGCCGCAGACCUUCACCUGCACGCCAGAAGUCUUCUCCGGUGCCAGCCGUCUGCAGGAAGCCAUCACGACCCUCGUUCCUGCCGGGUGCUCCCGCUGCCAAGGGACCAGUCCUCUGAGCAUUAAGCUAACGUUGUCUGGGAACCCACUCAUCCUCUUGGAAGAGAACAAGGCCACCAUCGAGCUUUCGGUCAUGAUUCAGCUGUUUGUUAAGCGUUCAGACGGAUCCAUCCUCAACCUCCUGCUGCUGACGGCUGGCCUCCACCUAAACACCCACGCGUCGGUUGUUGGAGACAGGCUGGUGCUGGAGGUGUCCCUGGGCAGCAUUUCCCUCUCCUUGGACUCUUCUGAUGUUGGCAUCAGUGACACCUCGAGCUUGAAGCCGCACUGCAGCGUUCUGCUGGUGGAAACGUUACUGCCCCUUAUCAACGGUGCUCUGGGCAUCGGGAUCCCUCUGCCAAACGUGCUGGACAUCCCCUUUGUAAAGGCGAACAUUCAGAUAUCAGUGCGUGCUGCGGGCGGCCCCAGCACCACCCAAGCCACGCGAGCGAGGAGUUUCUGCGAAGCAAGAGGGAACGCCGUGGACCGCUGGGCUGUGCUCGUGAGCCGGGAGCUCCAGACCCCACUGCUCAUGCCCUCUGGUGCCAGCGUGCCCCUGGUGCUGGCAGAGCGGGGUUUCGGGGCGCGGUGUGACCCCGUCACCCGGGGGCAGGAUGAGCAGCCCCGCUGA